AUGAACCUGCUGUACCUCCUCAUCCUGCUGGCUGUGUACAGACCUGCACAUGGCACCUGGGACAACUGCAGAGGGACCUGUGGGCACCGGCCCAUGGCUUCUGACUACGACUCCUUAGCUGCUGACUACAGAAUCAUGGCUGGCACAGGUGCCCUGCCAGGGGCCUGGCCCUGGAUUGUCAGCAUCCAGGACCCCAGGAAAAUAGGCAGCGGCCAUACGUGUGGAGGGUCCCUCAUCAGCCCACAGUGGGUCCUCACAGCAGCCCACUGCUUCCUCCAGGCCAGAAACGUCACCAAGUGGCGCGUGCUGAUCGGGGCCACCCAGCUGAGCCACCUGGGCCCCGAGGCUCAGGUGCGCCACGUCAAGCGGCUGCUGGCCCACCAGGAGUACACGGCUGACUCCCAGCAGAAUGACAUCGCCCUGCUGGAGCUGGACCAGCCCGUGGAGUGCAGCGACUAUGUGCAGCUCGCCUGCGUGCCCAACGCCUCGCUCACGGUGUCGGAGCUGAAAAGCUGCUACAUUGCUGGCUGGGGUUCCGCCAGUGCAAAAGCUCGGGGUCCCAGUGAUGUCCUGCAGGAAGCCAAGGUCCGUCUCCUGGAUAUCCGGCUGGUGAACAGCAGCCGCUGGUACGCUGGGGCCAUCCACACCCACAACCUGUGUGCUGGCUACCCACGGGGUGCCAUGGACACCUGCCAGGGUGACAGUGGAGGGCCCCUGGUGUGCAAAGAUAACCGUGCCAGCUACUUCUGGCUUGUUGGAGUGACCAGCUGGGGAAAAGGCUGUGCCAGAACGAAACAGCUGGGAGUCUACACCUCCACUCAGUACUUCUACAACUGGAUCCUGAUCCAGAUGGGCAUUCCUCAUCACCCAACUGCAGCAGCCAUGCCAGAGCCAGCCCUGACCGCAAACCCCUAUGAGGAGCCAAUGCCAACACAGCCUCUCUUUCCUGCUCCACAUCCGUACCAGAUCCUGGUGCAAUUCUUAACUCAGGUGCACCAGAUGCUGCAGAGCCUCAUGGAAAAAAGGCAGGAGCAGCAGGAUGAGCAAGACCCAGCGCAGGCUGCAGUGGACCAUGACCACUUCGAGCAGUCCAAAAACCAGGUUUCAGCUGCUGCUACACCCUUCUUGCUUCCAUCUGUGACUAAGGAUGUGAUCCUGGCUUUGUGA